AUCAUUAAUCAUGUUUGAUUAAGCACAAUUAAAAGAAUUAUCCACUAGAGAUAAAGUAUAAAUCUUAGCUAGUUUUAGGAUAAAAAGUUUAAUUUUGAACUACCUUUUUAUAUAGGGAAUUCUUAGGGUGUUUGUAGAAGAGAUAUACUCAUUUAAUGGGUUAUUGAGGUAAUAAAAUAUAAUAUUUCAGUAAUCUUAAUAAUUUAAGCACAGCAUCAAAACUUUGGAAUUGGCUGUAAUAUAUAUUGAUACAUAUCUAAACUUUUUUAAUAUUAGGCCUUAAUAUUUAGAGCUCCUUGGAAUUUCUGCAUAUUCAAUAGCUUCUAAAGUAAUUAAUUUUGUAGAUUGUUAGUUUAAUGAAACAGAAGCAAUUGGCUAAAUGAAAUUGUUGAACAAUUUAGGCAAAAGAUUAUAUGAUGAUUAAGAAUAUGAAGAGAUGGAAGUUCAGCUAUUAUAAUGUUUAGAAUUUCAAUUGAAUCAUAUAACUCCAUCUGAUUAUUUGAUAGCUAUGGGUGUUUCUCUAAAUGAAAGUAUCUCAAGUCUUAUUAUGUUUAUUUUAAUGGGUAAAUUAUUUUGUUAUAUCAUUUUAAUUAGAUUUUGAAAUAUAUAAACAUUCUUAGAUUGUUCUUGCUUUUGCUAUUUUCAACUUUUAAGAAGAUCAUAUCAAUAUAUUUUCAGAGAAAGUUAAAUCUUUAACUUCAUUGAUUAAUUAUAAGAUAACAAAAGCAUAAAAUCAAUUUAAUUCAGAUAAAACUGAAAAUGAUGAAACUAAAGGGAUAGAGUAGAAUAAAGACACUAAAAAAACAUUAUAAAAAAGAAAAGAGUCGAAGAAUAAAGACACUAAAAAAAAAAUAUUUAAAAGAAAAGAGUAAAAGAAUAAAGGAACUAAAAAAAAAUAUACAAAAAAAAAGAGUCAAAAAAAUUAAAAUAAUUACAAUGAAUGACUUAUCUUUGAUUGAUUUCAAUAAAUUUGAUCUUAGGGGAG